AACACACCUGAGGUCCACUCCCUCCGCGUCGCACAGGUAGUGCAGAGCAGGAAGUGGCUGUCAGCGCCGUUGCUGUGAAGAGAAUGACAAUGCGACCGUGUGUUUGAGAGAGUAACAGCAAUUUGUUUUAAUUUUGUUUUUUGAAGUUUAUGCAUUUUUUUAAAAAGCGGGAAAAUCCUCGUUUAUUUAACGCAAACAUGCGGAUCUGUACGACCUGCGCGCUGCUGGGACUUUUGUCUUUGGUCGUCUUGGAUUCAUCAGAAUGCCAGCCGAUGUUGGUCCGACCGGACAAAGGCUCGACUAUGAAUGUGUCCACCAAGCUGCCUUUGGAUCAAUGCUCUGUGUGUACAGUCAGUGGGGUGAACGACACAGAGACAUCCUGCCACUCCUCUGUGUCUCUGGCACCUGAGGUGGAAGUCAAACUGCUGUUCACCUGCUCCCAGCCGAUUGAAGAGGCAUACACUGUGGUGUUCACUCGCACCAUUGAGUGCACUAAGGACGCCUGCAGCCCAUCGACGGGAGAAACGCAACCCACCGUCCUCACAGACUUCAACAGGAUGUUCACCUGGGAGCUGAAGGCACCUGAGAAGAUAGUUGUGAGUCUGGACAUCAUUGGAGAUGGACUGAAGAAGACAUCAAAUCCAUGCGAUAAUGGAGUUCAGUAUUUGGUGGCCACGUCCGAAACAACAGGCAACGGCCAGACUCAGUAUUGUCAAGGUGGUUCUGUGACCCGUUUGGACCUGUCCAACCAAGCUGUCGUGUCUCUGCAAGUUAAACCAAAGACUCAAGUCAGCCCUGUGUUGUUCCAGGCCUCCGCUGGACCAUUGAAGGGCCGAACAAUGGAUAUAACUGUUGACUCCAGUACGACUGUGGUCGUUAGCCGUAAAUCUGAGGAACCUGAAUGUGAAGUGUGUGCUGUUGAUGGAUCAAAGCCCACCUGCAGCCGUACAGAAAAGACCCUGACGAACGUUGAAAAGCUCUCGUUGGAGUUCAGCUGCCCAAAACCUCAGGAUGUGUACAGUGUGACAAUCAAGAAGAAAAUAGAAUGCACCAAGACUUCAUGCAGUCCCGCCAUAGGCGAAGUUGAUCCUGGCCUCUUCAGGGACUUUAAAAGAACCUUUACAUGGGACAUUAGUGUGCCAGAAAGGACUGUAUUAACUUUGGACUUCCCUGGUGGAUUAAAUGAGUUGUCUGGAGCAAAACCUUGCCAAGAUGGCCACCAGUACUCAGUAACUACAACUAAAAGUGAUGGAAGCAUUAAAACUAACAGCUACUGUAAGGGUGGAACAUUGUCUCAGCUGGAUCUGCUUGGAACGACGACUGUGACUGUAGAAGCGCCCAAAGAUGGAGAACUCGACUCAGCAGCAUUCAGCAUCAAAGCAGCACCAAGAGGAGGAAGAAUGAUGGCCGUGACCCCUGAUCCUGACACCAUCAUCACCAUCACCAACACAGCCAACAACCCAGACUGCAGUGUGUGUGUGAAUAAGGUGCCCAAACAGACAUGCAACCCAAAAAGGCUUGUCCUGAGAGAUCCUACCAACACGUCAGUAGAGUUUACCUGUCCUCGACCUCAGGACAUCUUCAGUGUGGAGAUCAACAGAGAAAUUGACUGCACAGAGACCUCCUGCUCAGGUGACAUUGUCCAGGCCGAGUCCUCACUCUUCCCAGACUUCGAUCGGAGUUUCACAUGGGAUCUGAAAGUUGUCUCCACUCGGGCUUUCCAACUCGACUUCCCAGAACCGGGCAUGCGACAGAUUUCCAUUGGCGAAACCUGCCAAGACGGGCACACAUACACCCUUGUUACUUAUCUGCGUUCUGGGAUAGCGACCAUCGGUACCUUUUGCAAAGGAGGACCUGUGAGCACAAUCCUGGCUCGCUACAAGGGCCGUGUAGCUCUACAAGUGCCCGGAGACAGGAAGCUGGAUCCUGUUGACUUUAAGCUCAGUGUUGGGCCUGAGACCAGCAAGGUGGCCAUAAUGAAAGUCAACUUUCCGCGAGGCGUCUCGACCACAGACUUCAUCACAGCCAACUAUCCCGGUGAUUUCCCCAGCAACCAGCAGAUGCAGUGGGACUUCAGGGUGCCCGACAUGCACAACUACACAAUUCAUUUCAGCAGUCACAGACUUCCAGAGUGUCUCAGCGGUGAAGUGGAGGUGGAGUACCAGAAGGAGGACAAGAAAGUGACCAAAGUGUCUCUGGUGGAUCCUCAGCCCGAGCAUCAGCAGGGCAGCUUCAGCAUGGUGCUGCAGAACUGUGAAACCAACACGACGUUAGAGGGACUCAACUUGAAGUUCAAUGUCUCUGUGAUGAGGAGCGGUCAUCCAGUUCUGUGCACGGUGGAUCUAACCAAACGCGAAGGAGUGUCCCUGCAGAUAGAGAAAGUGAGUUCUGAUCCCUAUUGUGAGAUGAGUAUUGACUCUAAGAUCCAAGAGAAGAUAAACGUGGCUGCAGGCACCAAGGCCAGCCUCUCCUUCCUCGACUGUCCAAAGGAAGACGUGCGUCUGACUGCCAGUCAAGUAAUUGGGUGCCAAAAUGUGACAACAUGCUCUCCGACUCUCCUCACUUUGCCCAAACUGGAUUCCUGUCAUUCCUGUCGGAUACCCCUCCACAGCUUCACCUGGCACCUCAGCAUCCCUGAGGAGGGCACACUGGAUCUGCUGUCGCCCACAGGGACUCUCCAACAGUCCCUGCCUGGCCAGGAGUGCAGUCAGUCUGUCUCCCUGCAUCUGGCAGAGGCUGACGGCUCCUCUCUUGGAGAUUUCUGCUUCAAUGGAGUCAUCCAGAAAGUUCAGGUCCACGCCAACGUCUCUGUCACAGCCACAGCACAGGACUUCAGCAAGAUCAGGGGGCCUUUUCUCAAUGUCAGCUUCAGUGGGGACAUCCCAGAGACCAUUAUUUACAGAGUCAGUGCAGAUGUGUCAUCCCCGACCCUGCUGGCCACCCCCAACUGGCCUCAGGGUAUGAGGCCCUUUUCCACAGUAUCCUGGAUCGUCACCCUACCGAGCCAGUACCAAGCAAUCAUGCAGUUUGUCAACAUCAGCCAGCCCAAAUGCAACGACAGGCACACGGCCAUCAAGGUGAAGAUGCUGGGGCAGGAGGAGGAGCUCAUGAGCCGCAGGGAGGACGAGCCGGCAGAGGAAAAGCUGAUGGUGCCAGAGAGUUUCUAUCUCAACAUGUCCAACUGUAUACCAGAAGAGGGACAGUUUGGUGCGGUGACCAAAAUCGUCCUGCAGAAGAAGACAAAUGUCUUGCCUAUCGUCCUCGGAGUAGUUGGAGCCAUUUUGUUUUUGCUCAUAGUCGUGGCUAUCGUACUCCUUGUCACAAAGAAAAAGAAGAAAAACAGGAUGAACAAGGAGUCAUCCAUCUAUAUCGGCAGAGGGAAUAUCUUCCGGCCAGGUGACAGGCACUUCAGCAAAAGUCGGUCUCAAAACGAAUCCCAUGUCUAUGACUCCAUAGAUGAGAUGAUGGUGUACGGCCACCUGCUGACUGGUGACUCCAACUAUUCUGACAGCAUUCAAGACCAUUUCAAUGGGAUGCAGGUGGACUCUUAUCAAACAUUUACAGGCCCCACCGAUGGAAAGCUGCCUGUAAUCAAAGAGCCAGACCGUGAACCUGAGAUGGACAAGACGUUGCUAGACCCAUCUCAGAGUUUCAUGCCGCCACGUCCCCGCACUCCCAUUGACCGGCAGGACAGCCUCGGCUUCCAGGACAGCAGGAUGGUGGACAAUGAACUGUACACGUUUAAGAGCACAGGGGACAUAAACGCGAUCCGGCUCUCUGGUGCUGACUUGGAACCAGAGCCGCCGAUCACAGAGGAGUCCUUGUAGUGUGUCAGGACUGUAACUGCGUGAUGGACUGCUGUUAUUGAAAUCUAGUUACAGCACCAAGUAAGCCGUACUAAACCGUACUGACGUGAACUUCGAUCACACUCAGGGAAUCUGAGUUCGUUGAGCUUCUGAACAUGACCUGUGCGUCGUGUUUGUCAGAACUUAGUUAUUUUGAAAACUGCAAGAGUGGAUGCUGUGAUCCUCUUUUUUUAAAGGGAGUUUGGCUUUUGGGGUGAGAGAAUUUUUAUGCUUUCUUGCCAGCAGUUAAAUGAGAAGAGGAACAUAAGGCCACAGCAGGCGGCUGGUUAGCUUAGCAUAGGGUUAAGACUGGAAACAAGGUGCAACGGUGAGGCUGCUUUGUCCAAAGGAAACAAAAUCCACCUACUAUUGCCUCAAGGGCUCACUCAACUAACUCAUUAUAUCUGUUAAGACAGUACAGUGUCUUCUUGGACACUCUAGAAAGUCAUUGCUUCCCAGCAAGAAACAGUCCAGCAUAAAAUCUUAACUUGUUUUUUUUUUAAUUUUUUACUUUAGUUUUUAAUACAGAUUAAAUAAAUCAGAUAUAAUGUAGUCAGUGAGCCUUAAAGGUGCUAAAAGACAGAUUUUGUUACCUGUUUCCAGCCUCUGUGCAAAGCUAAGCUAAUCACCAGCUGGCUGAAGCUUAUCUUGUAAACAUGAGAAUAAUAAUUAACUUCUCAUCUAGCUCUCAGCAAGAAAGCAGCAAAAGGUUUUUCCUUGUAAUGUCUGACUUGUCUAGUUUUAUUAAAUGUCAGCCCGUGGAGCAGGGACUAUGGAAAUGUGCAAGUACAUCUGGUACUUGUUUGAAAGUGUUUUCUUACUGUAUGUUGUUUACCAGUCUGUUUUUAAGAAUUUUUUGUCUUUAUCUGUAAAUAUGGUUUAAUGUUUUGCAAUAAAUUCCAAGAAAAUG